GAGAGGAGGGAGAGGAGAGAGAGAGGGGCAUGGUAGCUUAGAGUUGGCGGGCACACUGCACAGAACCUCCCAGUCUACAACCUGAGUGAGAAGUGCCUACACCCCGCCAUGCGUCUCUACACCCCGGCCAAGCCGUCGUCAUCCGGGGGGGACGAAACCGAACGAGACACAAGCACCGUGGCGCGUCGAGAGAAGCACUUCCCUUACGAUCCACGACCACAGCACCGCACGACCGAGAGCGACAAGCCACGGGACGACAAACUGCCCGGAGACACCACCACCACCACCACGACGACCACGCCCCAGCAUUCCACCAUACAGGACUCGAUUCCCUUCAAGAUGUCACUCAAGGAACUCAAUGGCGGGGAUCACAGCAACCACACCAGCAAGCAGAACGGCACAGCAGAACACGAGCUCAGUCCCACGCUGCUGCAAAAUGGAGCGGACACUCUCUGCUCUCUGGAUAGCGUCCCCUGGAAUCUAGACGGGAUCGAGACUAUAAAAGAAAACGGGUGCAAGACGCUUCUAGGCAAGUGGGCCCUGGAAGAAAACGGAGAAGAUGCGCAUGGGUUGCCUGAGGAAGAUGAACUGCACACGGUCAAAGAGGAAAAUAAAAAACUAAAGGUUGCGUUGAAGGAGGCCACAGAGGUGAACGGGCAGUGGCGCCAGUACCACGAGCAGAGACAGCAGUACGUGCAACGCCUCCUCACCACACUUCACGAGCUGCAGCACCCCCGAGCAGCCGCCCACUCUCCACGACAGCAACUGGAGGUGGACCAAGGGGGACCUGAGGGGGAGGCGCGGAGGCUGCAGGAGGCGCUGACGAGGCUGCAGGCGGACCACGACGAGCACGUGACGCUCCUCGAGAUGCAGGUUCGGGCGCACCGGGACGACUGGGAGGCGGAGCGCAGUGAGAAGCAGGCCACCCAAACAGCCCUGGGGGAGGCGCAGGCCAGAACGGCUCUCCUUCUUCAAGAACUCCAGCUGCUACAGGCUAAGCUGGCGGACAGUGAGAGCAAACGCGGCCUGUGUUGGCGAUGUGCCGGACCUCUGGGCGGCGAGUCCCACAGCGCCUCGCCCAGCACCCAUGCCUCCCCCGUGCCAGCCCCGAACGUUCCCUCGCCCUCCCCCGCCCCCAACGCCUCCCCGACCCCACUGCAGGAGGCUCCCCAGGCGCCACUCAAGGGUUGGAUUCCCGUCUCAAUGCUGCAUCAGAUCGCGUUCAGCGGCGGCGCGACACCUGACCACCAAACACCUGUAUCCCAGCGACCACUCACACCCUCCCGCGGCCAGUCACAACACCACCACCACCACCAUCACCACCACCACCACCAGCAGCGACCUAACAGCCUCAGCACAAAGCAAGCAGAGGGCGGACAAGACGGAGGUAAAGAGUCCAAAGCCCCCAGCCCUCGCAGAACUCCCUCCCGUGACAAAACUCCCGCGUCCGUGGAGGCUGAUGACAGGAAGAAGUACGAGGCGAUGGGGGCGCGGCCUAAGGUGUUGGGGAAUCUACAGAGUGUGAGUGGCAAGGAGGAGCUGAUAGAGGAUGAAAAGAGCGCUAAACACAGAGCUCGAUCUAUCCUGGCCAGCGCCCUCCCGGUCUCCCCAGUGUCCGGGAGUCCCACCACCCCCUUCGGCGUCACCAAGAGUCCUUCCACCCCCAGCAUGCCAAAGGGCUACGUGCCCAUCACCUCCACUGUCCUCACCCCAGUCAAUUUCCGUCCUCCGUUCGUGGGACACAAAAGACCUUCACAAAUCAAGCAGAGUAAUCUACAAAACAACGCUUCCACCAUCACCACCGCAACAACCACCUCCACCGUGACACAAUCCCGCUCCUCCACACCCUCCACCGCCACUACCAGCGCAGCUUUGACCACCGCCACUACCACCACCACCGUCACCAGUGCAAGCCGCAGCAUCACGACCCCGAGCAGACAGUCCACCAUUCCCAGCACUUCCGAGUCCCAAGGUACAGUCCAUACAGUCACCCCCAACCCGGAAGCCUCGAAGUCCUCCGCGCCCCACGAAGGUAAAGCCAAGAGUCACAGCAGAGGGAGCAGGACACAAGUCAAAGGAGGAACUCAGGAACGAAAGAAGUCCACCACCAGCGCCUCUCCAGCAGCUGCCGCCACCAGCACCCUCACCACUACCACCCUCACCACGCACUCCACCACCACCACCUCACAUGCACACAACUCGAGCCUCACCAACACCACUACGGUCUCUCCUUCUUCCCUCAUCACCACCACCACCACUACUACUCUCUCGUCUUCCAGUUCCACGCUUUCCUCUUCCUACAGUGUCUCCUCUGCCAACAGAAAAAGCGAGCCUGUGUCUUCAAGGAGUGCUAAUCAGUCCGCCGGAGACAUUGUCUCUAACGCGGUCCUGCAAGCAGCCACCGGCAAUCGCAGUGCUUCCUUCAUCGCCACCACCGCCGUCAACCCCUCCGUCGCCUCGUCAUGUGGCCACACGAAGUCCCACGACGGCACCAGUAACAGCAAGGGAAGGAGCGGGACUUCUCGAACAUCCCACAAGGCUGCCAAGUCGCCCUCUCCUCUACCCGAAACUUCUACCGCCACCACCACCACCACCACCACAGAAGGGCAACUCCACUCAGGGGAGGCCACCAGCACGCAUUCCUCCCCAACCAACAGCACAGCCUUCGCCGCCAUCACCGUCACCUCCACCGCCUCCAGUGUGCAUGUGCCCGCCUCACCCACCGCCUACUCCUCCACGCCCUCCUCCCGCUCCUCUUCGCCAGGCAUCUCCCUCACAACCUUCGGGCUCAACUCCGAGGGUCGCGGCAUACCAGGGGCGAUCUUCUUUGCACUCAGCCCAGAGCAGCGAGGAGCGCGCAGCCCCCAGCUCGGGGUUUCCUCCAGGCGAGCCUCCACCUCUUCCUCGGGCACACACAGCCACACCCCUGACCCAUCUACAGGGGGCCAUGGCCCAGACGGCCGUCCUCCAGCAGGAAUGAAAAGUCCCCCAGUGGCCCCGAAUAGACCCCCCACACCCUCCACUGUGAAGGAGGAACAUCCAUCGUCCGUGGAGAGCGGGAGUCGGGGCAGUUCAAACAGCCGGCAGCAACAGACGUCAGGAAAACUGGUCAAUUCCACCUGGGUGAAGCUGAUGGGCAGCAGGGUUGACGGUCGCCAGAGCUCUGGGCUGCCGUGGCGCACAGCUCGGGCCGUGUCCGGCCAGACGCUCAAACAAGCACGACGCACACCAACGGAGGACUCCACAGGUGACCCAAGCGAGCCCGCCUCCCCCGGCAGCAUGUCCUCUACCGCCACCUUCAGCUACACUCCUGCCGUCAACUCCCCCCCGUCUUCCGCCACCAGCUCGGCCGCCUCCUCGCCUCUGCCCGCCGUCAAUCAGAGGGAUGACCUCAAGUCCAUGGCCUCUAAGAAUAUUGCCUCCGCCAUCAUGAGCUACGAGCUGAGCACCAAGUGUGAGAGUACAGGAGGCGGCGCCUCUACGCCAGCCAACUGCCCCGACGGCGUGGACACACUUACGCGUCAAGAUCUCGUCUGUCCCUCUUGCCAAAUGCUCUUCCCUCCAGACAAACACAUUCUCUUCCUCGACCACUUCGAGGCCUGCCGCGGCCCCGCCUAUGCCGACCUGUAGCGCCGCCCGGCAGGCCGGCCACACACGGUCCGCUGCUAGCGGCUCACCGCCCACCGCGGUGUCCGUCUCUCAGUGUGAACGCCCACUGCUCUGCAUACAUUCCUUGUGUAUAUUUCCUACGGUAAUUGAGGCUCCAGGCCAGACUACACUGAAAACUGUGCUGCCCCGGACUCAACACUGUGGCCCCGCGCCCACACGCUCACCAGUUAUACGUCCACACGAGGUCAAGACACCUGAGCGGGACGUCAAAGCACGCACACACACACACACACACACACACACACACACACACAGACCGCAUUUGUCACUCAAGGUUUACUUUACUGAUUAAGGCAUUAGCUCAGUGUGUGUAUAUAUAAGGUAUUUUGUAUAUACCUCUAUAGAUAUAACUAUUUGGACGCAUGUAUAUUGUGAUCGAUGCUUGAAUACAUCAACGAAAUGAUAAUGUAUAUGUGUUGAAAGUAUCAAGUAUAUUUAUGUGCAAAUUUGUAUGUCUAAAAAUAACACUGGUAAGUGUUA